GGUGAUGGAGGUGGGGUGUCCGUACGGGUGUGCUCAGUGCACGCCCAUCAACGGGUGCCUGGCAUGUAAGCCGCCCUUCUUCCUGAUACUGCAGCGUGAGGGCGCCAGGCAGACGGCCUCGUGCACCCGCUCCUGCCCCGCGGGUUUCUAUAAGCUUAAGAGGAACAAGAAGAGAGGGUUUUGUGCGAAGUGUAAGUUGCGGGGAUGCAGUGAGUGUUCCACCCGGCAUUACUGCUCGGUGUGUAAGGUUGGCCUUGUGCGUCAUGCUGGCCGCUGUCGCAAGAGAUGCCCCAUGACACCCUGCUGAGUGCCCGCACCC